CUAGUUUGUCCCUCAGAGGCACCCUGACACCUAAACAGGAACCAUUUGAAUGUUUGGCGCGGUUUAACUGAAGCAGUCUUGUGUCUUGAAGGAAAACGCAGUGCUGUCCCUGUACAGAAUGGCCUCCCCUGCCACACAAAGCGAUGAGGGUUCAUUCAAGACCCCUAAAACUGUCCGAGUGAGAAGCUUUGGAAGCAAUGGAGGGACCCCCAUCAACAUCCCAGCUUCACCUUUCAUGAAGAAGUUGGGCUGUGGGACUGGGGUUAAUGUCUACUUAAUGAACAGAGUGGGAAAGUUGAAUGCAUCUCCCUGGGCUGUGAAGAAAAUCAACAGUAAGUGUGCGACCAAACAGCUGUCCGUUUAUCAAAAGCGUCUGAAUGAAGAGGCAAAGAUCCUGAAGGGGAUUGAUCACCCAAAUAUUGUUGGGUUUCGUGCCUUCACUACGGCCAAAGAUGGAUCAAAGUGUCUGGCGAUGGAGUACGGAGGAGAGCAGUCUCUCAAUGACCUGAUAGAGAAGAGGAGAGAGGAAGGACUCAAAGCUUUUCCCGCUGCCAAAAUACAAAAAGUUGCUCUGGAUGUUGCUCGUGGCCUUCAGUAUCUCCACAAUGAGAAGAAGCUGCUGCAUGGAGACAUGAAGUCCUGUAAUGUCGUCAUCAAGGGUGACUUUGAGACUGUCAAGAUCUGUGACGUUGGAGUGUCUCUGAGGCUGGACGAGAACAUGAAAGUGUCUGAUCCAAAGGUGGAGUACAUCGGCACAGAGCCGUGGAAACCAAAGGAAGCUCUAGAAGAUGAUGGAGAGAUCACUGACAAGGCGGACAUUUAUGCUUAUGGUCUGACUCUGUGGGAGAUGAUGACGCUGUCCAUGCCUCACCUUGAGAUGCUCGAGGAUGAUGGGGAAGAGGAGGAUGAAGAGGAUUCAAUGGAGGUGAGUUUCGAUGAGGACGAGUACUAUGCACGGCUUGGUACGAGGCCGCCACUGGAUGUGGAAGCUCUAGGCAGCUCAUACCAGAGGAUGGUGGAGCUUUUUUGUCUCUGCACAGAGGAGGACCCCAAGAAGAGACCCUCAGCUGCACAGAUAGUCCAGGUUUUAGAGCACAACACCGCAGUGGAGAAAACACCCAGUGAGGUGAUCGUAAUUGAUUGAUUUACACUUCUGUAACUGUACUUUCAUCUACCAGGGAGGAAUUUUGUUGGGUGUUUGACCUGGACUAGUUUCCUGGUCAUGGCUUAAAGAACAGUUUGUGGAAUUUGUUAGAAAUUGAAGAAUAUACGGAUACAACAUGAAAACUUGAAUUGUUGUUUUGAGGGUAGUGGGUUUGUGUAACAAUUUAGAAGCUUCAGCAAACAUAAAGACUAUUCAGCCUUAAUGUAGACACACAUUAGUUAAUGCUGCACAACUUUAUUAGAAUGAAUUCUGUAUAUCUCCAUCUCCUGCAGUUAUUUAUAUGUUUACAGUUUGUCUUCUUUUUUGUGUAUGUCACUGAUAGAUUGUAAAUGUUUUUACUGCCUUUACUCUUGAAUUCUUGAAAUAUUUUUUUGUGUCCCUGUACUUCUUUAAACUUUCAUAUUUCUUUACCAAACUCUUAAAACUCCUGUUUUUAUUUCACCGUUUUAACAUUUUGUAUAAGACCUAGUAUGUUAGAAUGUUUGCAGUGGUUUAUAUUACAACCAAACUUUCCUUUAAGCCAAUCUGCUUUACUGUUGGCUAUUUUAAUGAUUAAAAGAUCAGUAUAGAAUUUUACAUCUUAAA